AUGAUACCAACGUGUAUUCGUGCACCCAGAUCUAUCCAGGGUUCUACUGAUGAUGUCACCAGGCAGACCCGGUCUAUUGUCCAGAUAUACACGGAUUGGGCGAAUCAUUACCUGGAGAGGGCGCGGUCCCGAAAGCGCGUGGGUACAUCCGGCGGCGGGUUAGCCCGGGACUGCGCCGACGGGUUGCUACUAGCUGACGUCUUAGAGGGUGUCACUGGACAGAAGGUACCACGAGCCCAUAGGAAACCACGGAGCCCACAACAAAUGUUGGAGAACGUGCAGUGCUGUUUGGACUUCCUCCAUGCCCAAAAAGUACAAGGAUUAGAACAAGUUACCGCUGUAGAUAUAAGGGAUGCAAAGCUAAAGGCAGUCUUAGCACUAUUUUUCGCACUAAGCAGACAUAAGCAAGCUUCAAAGCAAAGGAUAGUGCCACCUAGCGGCCAUGUACCGAACUCUCCUAAGAACUCCACUGAAGAUGUUGCAAUAAGUUCCGUCCAGCGCAUAACAGGUGGCAGCAGUGGGGAUGAUAUCUUGACUGUUUGCGGAAAUAACAUCGAUAUGACAACAUUAACAGCAAAUCGGUAA